AUGACCCAGAAACUGCAGGAUAAGCAACUGGAUCUGGCCAUUGCUCUCACCGAAGGUUUAGUGGCCGGUAUCAAUAAGGGACAGGACUGGUACAAGAUUGUCGGUACUUAUGUCGACUCUCCUUUAUGCUGGGCUAUCAGCACGGGAAAGCAAUCCAAGCACUCGUCGAUCGAUAGCUUGCAUAAAUCGAAUGUCGGUAUCUCGCGUCUCGGUUCCGGAUCGCAUAUCAUGGCGUAUGUUCUCGCGGAUCAGCAGGGCUGGCACUCGGAGGAACCCUUCACAUUCAAUGUGUUGAACAAUUUCAAGGCGAUGCGCGAUGCGGUCAACGAUGGCUCAUCGGACGUUUUUAUGUGGGAAACCUUCACUACCAAACCUUACCAUGAUUCGGGCGAAGUGAUGCGUAUCGGUCAGAUUACGCCCCCUUGGCCUGCUUUUAUGUUUGCAGCUCACACAGAUUUGUUGAAGCAGCCAGAAACCAUUCAAAGUGCAUUGCAAGCCAUCCAGAAAGCCACGGAACUGUUCAUGCAGCAAAAGGACGACGAAUCCAUUCAACGAGUGAUGGAUAUUCUCGACUAUACGGAGGAAGACGUACGUAGCUGGUUCAAGAUCGUGCAUUAUGCACCGGACCAUCUGAGCAUUUCCCAGCGCGCACUGGAAGUCACCACUUCCACUCUCCUGAAAGCCAAAGUCAUUGAACAACCUGGAAACCCCACCGAAGACUUGUGUGAUAAACAAGUAGCUCGUUUUAUUGAAUAA